AUGCCAGAAAUUUUGGUAUUUUAUGUUACUGAUACUUCGAAUAAGAAUAGAAAACUUGAGACAGAAAUAAAUUUCCAGGAAAGUGACUAUAGACUAUAUGCUUUAAUAUGCUAUUAUGGAGGCGGGCAAUGUGGCCACUAUAUUGCUUAUACUUGUGAUAAUGGAAAAUGGUAUAAGUUUAAUGACGCUUUUGUGACAGAAGAUCCUCCUGACUAUAAUCAUGCUUAUAUACUUUUUUAUUUAAAAUUAGGUAAUUCUAUAUAA